UUCAAAUCAUCGGUGAGGUUUUUCACAUCAAGCCAUUGGAAAUUAAUACGACUGAUAAAAAAGAGAGAAACAAAUUGACAGCUUAUAGAGAACUUUAUCUUUCAAUAACGUGACUUUCGCGAUACCAUUGUAUGGAUACUAGGACCGUUCUGUCUGUUUAUUUCCUUAAUUAUAAUUUGGACGAAAUACUAGUGAACUGGAAGCAAAACCAGCAAUGAUUCACCAUGAUAUCUCUUCAUGCUUUCCUGCUUCUACGCUGCUAAUUUGCGUAUUUAGACUCGCAUGCCCACCCGACAGCUCAGUAAGUAUGUGGUGCUCAGACUUCGUCUGAUAACAGGAAAAACAGUGAUGGCAAAGCAAGCCCAAAACGGCGGAAAUCGCCAAAAAAUACAACGGAUACACAAGAAUUUAUUACUGGGAGCAAGCAUGCAAGAGGAAGGAGGAAGAGCUGACAUGGAUUUGACUUCGAAGAUUGCCGAGCGCUCAGAACAGGAUCUGUUGCCUUUGAAGGAAGACCUUGCGGAAUGGCUAUCGAGAGUUCUGCAAGAACAAAUUACCGCCGAAAAUUUAUUUGAUUGUUUAGAUAACGGUGUCCUGGUUUGUAAACUUGCUCAGAUCGUACAAUCGGCUGCCCAGGACUGCAUAAAGUCUGGGAAAUCAGUAAAAUCACUCGCCCCGUUCUCUUACAAGUUUCACCAAAAGGCCAAAGCUGGUACAUUUUUUGCUCGGGACAAUGCAGCGCAUUUCUUGCAGUGGUGUCGGCAGAUCGAGGUUGAAGAUUCAGUUCUCUUUGAAUCGGACGGGCUUGUUCUUCAGAAACAACCUAGAGAAGUGAUAUUGUGUCUACUAGAAAUUGCCAGAGUGCGUGCAAACUAUGGAAUAGAACCUCCAAAACUUAUCAAACUGGAGAAAGAAAUUGACGAUGAGAUUGCCGCGGAGGAGGAGAAGAAACCGGAAUUAAAACCAGCUCGAAAAGAAAAGAAAGUGUCGAAAGCAACAAGUAUUGACGCUGAGGUUGCAAGACUUGCUGCAAAGUAUAAUGUAAGAAUUGAGAAAAUUAAAGAAGGGAGAUACAUUGUGGAUGGAAAAAUCAACAUCUUUGUCAGGAUUUUAAGGAACCAUGUUAUGGUGAGAGUUGGAGGUGGAUGGGACACAUUGGAACACUUUAUUAGUCGCCAUGAUCCUAAUAAGAUAGGAAGAAUUUUGACAUCGACACCCCAGGCCUGUUCCCAUCAUCAUCAUCACCAUCAAAUACCUGAAAUGCCAUGCUCUGCCUCAACAUAAAAGCUUGGUACAGUAGUUGGAUCCAGAUCCAAUGAAAGAAACUUAAAAUGUUUUUAUGAGACAAAUUUGUGAUUUUUAUAGCUUAAUGUAAAAGUUUGUACGUAGGGUCUUUCUUUAGUAUUCUGGCUUCUGACAUAAGUUUUUCUAAUGGAAAAAUCUGGUAUUUGCUAGUUAUUUUAGCAUGUGCCUAGAACAAAUUCAAUGUGACACAAAAUUUUUCUUAAAUGUCAGUCAUAAAUUGUUUGAACUGUGUCAAGGUUGUGGGUUGGGCUUUUUUUUUAAAAAAAUUAAGCAGGAGUAGGAAUUCCAUGUAUGCUAUAUUGUUACAUGGGAUGGGUAAACUAUUUCCCACAAAACUUUGUACUGCAAGCGAAAAUAUUGGUAGCCUAGCAAGCUGUUUGCCACCUAGAGAAGAAUAAUUAUCAAACCAGAUUGACUGUUCCAUAAGCCUAAAGGAGGUUUUCAAAUAAAGAAAACUGCUUUAGGGAUUUCAUUAACAAAUUUGAAGAAUUAUACAAUUAAGAGACAGGAGUGACAUACUGGUAUCAGUGGUGAUAAGUUAAGAUUAAUUAAUCAUUGUAAGCCAGUAAUGCUCUGGCUGAUAUUUUAAUUUAUGCAACUCAAAUUGUAAGUUGCAAUUAUGAGAUACUGUGGAGUAUGAAAAUCUUGUGGGAUUGUAUUUUGCAGAUCAGCAAUUUUUUGUGCUGUAGAGAGCAAAAUGUUGUUGUUCAUAGAUGGAAGUGAGCAAAAAUUAACCAGGGAUUGAUCUUAAUUGCAAUACUCUGUACAAGCAAGACAACGGUGGAGUUUAGUUGCGUGAAGAUGUUUUAUAUUUUGAAAUAGUUGCAAUGUUUCAAAAAAUUUAAAUAAAAUUUGCUCCAGUUUUA